AGGUGCGGAGAGGGAGGGGGGCGGAGAUUCAGAAGGAGCCUCUUCAUAUCAUCCGUGAGCCGCCGGAGAGGGAGAGUGUGAUGAAGGUCUCUGUUCUCCGUGCGCGCGAGCUCAGCGCGAGCUGCCUCCACGGUGCUCGCGUAACCGGGUAGAGAGGCGCCAGGACGCGCGCUCCGUCCGUCACACUUGGAACCAUUUCAUCCGCUCCGGCAGCAGAAUGGGAGAGUCCCGCUGACACCACGGAGCGAUACACGCUGAGACCGACCAUGGCCGUGGACGCGGCGUCCAGCUUCAGCUUCUGCCGUGCCUCCCUGGAGCACACGAUGUCCGCCGAGGAGCUGAGCUACCAGCUGCCGCGCCGCGCCGGAGGCAGCAACCUGACCUGGCACGACGGCCGCGGCCAGAAGACGGCACACACGCGCACCGUCAAACUGCUGCAGCAGCCCGGCACAGAGGGCAUCCAGCUGCGCCCGGGUGAAGCCUUCACUGUGUAUCACACCAGCCCUACACUGUCCAGUCUGUCCAAACCUGUGGUGCUGUGGACUCAGCAGGACGUCUGCAAGUGGCUUAAGAAACACUGUCCUCACAACUACCUGACCUACGUAGAGGCCUUCUCUCAUCACGCCAUCACAGGACGGGCACUGCUGCGCUUGAACGGGGAGAAGCUAGAGAGGAUGGGAAUCGUCCAGGAGACGCUGAGGCAGGAGGUCCUCCAACAAGUCUUACAGCUGCAGGUCAGAGAAGAGGUGCGCAACCUGCAGCUCCUCAGCAGAACCUCCUUUGGAAACUUCUCUUAGCUCAUCCCUGGAUCCACUUGGCAGCCCUCUCCCUCAUCCCAUGUCACAAUACGUCUCUAGGAGCCGCGGAAGAGCUGCUGCCUUCAGAUAUGCGAGCGGAGAAUCAAUGAGUGAAAGGGGAGAAGACUAGCCUCACAGACGACACGCCAACCCGUCUGGAGGAUUUUUCAUUCAACACAGCCAAUCUGGUUUACAGACGCUGACACGGAGACAAAGCCCCCGCUCCAGGCUGGGGCACCCACUGUAACAUAGUGAUAAUAUGUAAGAUUCACAACCCUAGUGGUGAUGCAGGCCUGUCACUGGUAUCUGCCUGAUCACGGCAAAUCUUCCUGCCUCAGUCAGACUGGACAGACUUCACGUGUUCACAAGCAAGAUUCGCCGUUUCUCCCCCCCCCCCGCCCCCUUUCUCUUCCAGACUUAUUUUUUGUUUGGGGUUCAUGUCACCCAAAAUCUCUGGCCCCAGUGAAGCUGACACAUGUAGACGAUUGCUUGAAAUGAUGGUGGAAACACCUGCAGACACACGCAGCGCCACUAUUUGGCCACUAGAGUCGAUCUCCAUCUCCCUCUCAAGCCACACCACAGAGCCUGUUCGGCAGGAAUCAGAGCUGGUCUCAAACAGAUUUGAUUUGAUGCCAGUAUGAUGAAUUCCUCAGCAACAGCUCACAGCUCCCUCUUCUCCUCAGGACUUUAGUUUUGGAAUUGUAGGUCUUGAGGAUUCAACAAUAACGCUUGAAGCUGAAUGUCAUUCCCACAAUGAAUUUUUGUAUUGUGACUGAUCUGCAGUAUGUCCGUGAGUAUGAGCGUUGUAGAAUAACAUGCAAUUUAAUCUGUGUAUAUUGUAACCGUACCGUAGUCUUUUAUUAAUGAAAUUGAUCCAGAGGGCACAAAGUCCUAAUGUGAUAGUCACGGACUACCGAUGCUUGACAAGGCAAUAAUUUAAAUCCUAAAAGGAAAAGCACUGUCUGGUAUUAAUAUCAAGGAAACCUUUUUAUACAGAGUUGGGAUGCAGAGUGUUAGCGUCUGCUGAGGGAAAUAUACUGUACAUUCGUUCCUGUUACAGUGGUAGCAUUUGUCAACCUCAAAGCUUCUGUCCUUUCUGUGUGCUCUGCUGGAUUCUGUAUGUCACCUGUCACACACACAUAUGGAGAGAAGGGACGAGCCUCUGUUGAAUUCCGCCCGGUUUCCUUCCCUAAUGUGACACUGUGAUUACAAAUGGUCAGAAAUCAAGACACCAUGACAGCCACCCACAUGCAAGAUUCCCAGCGCGAGCGAAUUGAGCACCUUUGAUGUCACUCUAGACAGCAGCAGACAGCUAUCUAUGAAGUCACAUAAAUACAUAAAUGCCUACAUACAUAAAUUAAACUUCCAACCCUUCCCUGUCCAACGUCCUCCUCUCCGUCUUUUGACGAGGAAUCGUUGGGUAACGUGAGUAACUGACUGUUAAAAGGUUAAUUCUCUGAUGUACUGUAUAUAGACACUUUUGGUUUAAUUUGUCAGACGAUCGAUGAACUGUUUGAAAUGCAAAAAAAGGAAGGAAUAUUUAUUUGCUUUACAGAUAUGAAGACAUAUGGUAUGGAACAUGAAAGCUGUCUUUUUAGAAUAAACUAAUUGAGAUGAA